AUGAGUAGCAAGGGAUUCACUACGGUAGAUCCCGUCACUAUCAUAAUCAAAGAAUGCAUUAAUUUAUCAACAGCAAUGCGAAAGUACUCCAAAUUUACUUCUCAAUCUGGAGUGGUUGCUUUACUGGGAGGAGGAAGCGAGAUUUUCAGUAAUCAGGAUGACUAUUUGGCCCACACAUUCAACAAUUUAAACGCGAACAAACACAAUGAUCCAUUUUUAUCGGGCUUCAUUCAGCUAAGGCUUAUGUUGAAUAAGCUGAAAAAUCUAGAAAAUAUAGAUUCCUUGACCAUUUUGCAACCAUUUUUAUUAAUUGUAAGUACAAGUUCCAUUUCUGGUUACAUCACCUCUCUGGCCCUUGAUUCUCUACAGAAAUUCUUCACAUUGAAUAUUAUCAAUGAAUCAUCUAAAAACUAUAUUGGCGCGUAUAGAGCAACUGUGAAUGCCUUAGCACACUGUAGAUUUGAAGGAUCCCAACAACUCUCCGAUGAUUCAGUUCUUUUAAAAGUCGUAUUUUUACUGCGCUCAAUCGUCGAUUCGCCAUACGGGAAUUUAUUAUCUAACUCAAUAAUAUAUGAUGUUUUACAAACAAUUCUGUCAUUGGCUUGUAAUAAUAGAAGGAGCGAAGUCCUCAGGAUUGCAGCCCAAUCGACAAUGAUUUCCAUAACAGUAAAAAUUUUCUCAAAAUUAGAGACUAUGGAGCCCGUCAAUGUCAAUCAGGUAUAUAUCAAUGAUGAGAGUUAUACGAAUGACGUCUUGAAGGCUGAUACGAUUGGCACAAGUAUGCAAUUCAAAGAAGGAGAACCUCAGGAAGACGCCAUUGCCUUAGAAGUAAAUGAUGAGGAAGCUAUUAGCGAAGAUGAGAAAAAUGAAGAGACACAUGCUCAUUCAAAGAAGAGUGUGGAUGAGAUCGAACAACUAGAAAUUGUGGAGAAAACAACAAGAUCGAAUUCUAGAAUCCAAGCAUACGCUGAUGACAAUUAUGGGUUGCCAGUGGCUAGACAAUAUUUGAACUUACUACUAUCAAUGAUCGCGCCAGAAAAUGAAUUAAAACAUUCAUACUCCACUAGAAUAUUUGGCUUGGAGUUAAUCCAAACGGCAUUAGAAAUUUCGGGCGAUCGAUUGCAGCUAUAUCCACGCCUCUUCACAUUAAUAUCAGACCCUAUUUUCAAAAGCAUCCUGUUUAUUAUCCAGAACACUACUAAACUGUCACUACUACAAGCUACGCUACAGUUAUUUACCACGCUAGUUGUCAUACUGGGGAAUAAUUUACAGUUGCAGAUCGAGCUUACGUUAACAAGAAUAUUCUCCAUUCUUUUGGACGAUGGCACUGCAAGUAAUUCAAAUUCUGAAAAUAGGAACAAACCAUCAAUAAUAAAAGAGCUUUUAAUUGAGCAAAUAUCCAUCUUAUGGACUAGAUCUCCAUCUUUUUUCACUUCCGCAUUCAUCAAUUUUGAUUGUAACCUUGAUAGGGCUGAUGUUUCUUUGAAUUUCUUGAAAGCGCUAACAAAAUUGGCCUUACCAGAAUCUGCUUUGACCACCACGGAAAGUGUACCACCCAUUUGCCUAGAAGGCUUAGUUUCAUUAGUUGAUGACAUGUUCGAUCACAUGAAGGACAUUGGCAGAGAAGAAUUCGCCAGGCAAGAGAAUGAAAUGGAAAUUUUAAAGAAAAGGGAUCGUAAAACGGAGUUCAUUGAAUGUACCAAUGCGUUUAAUGAAAAGCCUAAAAAAGGCAUUCCCAUGUUGAUAGAAAAAGGUUUCAUUGCUUCUGACUCUGAUAAGGACGUUGCCGAGUUUCUUUUCAAAAACAACAAUCGUAUGAAUAAGAAAACGAUCGGUUUGCUACUGUGUCACCCAGACAAGAUAAGCUUGUUAAACGAAUAUAUUCGUUUGUUUGAUUUUUCAGGAUUGAGAGUUGAUGAAGCUAUAAGGAUUUUGUUGACCAAAUUCAGAUUACCUGGUGAAUCGCAACAGAUUGAAAGAAUUGUCGAGGCUUUCUCAUCCACAUAUUGUGAAAACCAAAAUUAUGAUCCAUCCAAGAUUAGCGACAAUGCCGAAGAUGACAAUUCUACGGUCCAACCGGAUCCUGAUUCUGUUUUCAUUUUAAGUUAUUCAAUUAUCAUGCUGAACACGGACCUGUAUAAUCCUCAAGUAAAGGAACAUAUGUCAUUUGAGGAUUAUUCUGGUAAUUUGAGAGGAUGUUGUAAUCAUAAGGACUUUCCAUUCUGGUACUUAGAUAGAAUCUACUGUUCCAUCAGGGAUAAGGAAAUCGUUAUGCCUGAAGAACAUCAUGGUAACGAAAAGUGGUUCGAAGAUGCUUGGAAUAAUUUAAUUUCUUCAACUACUGUGAUAACUGAGAUCAAAAGGGAUACACAAUCCGUUAUAGAUAAAUUGACACCUAUGGAGCUUUUAUGUUUUGAUAGAGCAAUUUUCAAACAAGUUGGGCCAAGCAUUGUCAGUACGCUAUUCAAUAUUUACGUAGUUGCAUCUGAUGACCGUAUCUCAACUAGAAUGAUAACAAGUUUAGAUAAAUGUUCCUUUAUCUCAGCCUUUUUUGGCUUCAAAGAUCUCUUCAAUGAUAUACUGACCUCCAUUGCUAAGGGCACUACUUUAAUAAAUUUAAACCAUGAUGAUGAACUUUCGACUCUGGCAUUUGAGUACGGCCCAAUGCCAUUGGUAGAAAUUACUUUUGAAGACAAACAUAUCAGGAUUCCAGUCAGUACGGAUGCUGUUAGAUUCGGUAGGUCAUUCAAGGGCCAGUUAAACACAGUAGUAUUUUUCCGCAUCAUUCAUAGGAACAAGGAUCCCACGAUUUUUUCUAAGGAGUUAUGGUCAACCAUUGUGGACAUCAUCCUAAAAUUAUACGAAAUCUUAAUUUUGCCUCCUGAUAUUUUUCCUGAUUUGCAAAAGAAAUUGAAAUUAAGUAACUUACCCAAGCCAUUGCCUGAAAUUUCUAUUAAUAAAAGCAAAGAAAACAAAGGACUCUUGUCGACAUUUGCCUCUUAUUUGAAAGGUGAUGAAGAACCCACAGAAGAAGAAAUAAAAUCCUCAAAAAAGGCGAUGGAGUGCAUCAAUUCGAGUAAUAUUGCUGCUUCCGUCUUUGGAAAUGAAUCCAAUAUAACCGUAGAUUUAAUAAAGAGCUUACUGGAGUCUGCGAAAACAGAGAAAAAUGCGGAUAAUUCCAGAUAUUUUGAGGCAGAACUUUUAUUUAUCACUGAAUUGACAAUCGCGUUGUUUCUGUUCUGCAAACAAGAGAGGGAAUUAGGAAACUUUAUACUACAAAAGGUUUUCCAACUUUCGCACACGAAGGGCCUCACAAAAAGGGCCGUUCGAAGAAUGUUGACAUAUAAGGUUUUAUUAAUUUCAUUAUGUGUGGAUCAGACUGAGUAUCUAUCGAAAUUGAUAAACGAUGAACUAUUAAAGAAAGGCGAAAUUUUUACCCAGAAAUUUUUUGCUACUAAUCAAGGUAAGGAGUUUUUAAAGAGGUUAUUUUCAUUGACUGAAUCGGAGUCCUACAGAGAAUUUUUAUUGGGAAAUGAAAAUUUUUGGAAAUUUCUAAGAAAGAUUACCGCAAUGAAAGAGCAGAGUGAAAGCAUUUUUGAAUAUUUGAAUGAAUCGAUCAAAACUGACGCCAAGAUUUUGACAACUGAAAAUUUCAUGUGGGUCCUGGGACUGUUAGAUGAAAUUUCAUCAAUGGGUGCUGUUGGUAAUCAUUGGGAAAAGGAAUACCAAAAAUUGACAGAAAGUGGACAUAAAGUGGACAAGGAAAACCCAUACAAGAAAUCGAUUGAUUUGUCACUAAAGUCUAUCCAGUUAACAUCACAUUUAUUGGAAGACAAUGAUAAUUUGAAUAAGAACAAGAUAUUCGCUAUCAUUCAAGCCUUGGCACAUCAAUGCAUCAAUCCGUGUAAGCAGAUAAGUGAAUUUGCCAUAGAAACACUAGAACAGACACUUAUUGACAGAGUCGAAGUCCCAACUGAUGAAAUAGAAUCAGUGGAGGAAUUGAUCGAGGGCGGAUUACUACCAUUACUAGAUUCGAGUGAAACACAGAAAGAGCAAAAGAUCCCCAUUUCGUCUAUAUUAGCAAUAAUAUCAAAUGUUUACUUACACUAUCUGAGACUAGGGAAGACAACCAAUGAAACAUUUUUGAAAAUAUUGGGUAUUUUCAAUAAGUUUGUGGAAGACCCAGAGAUUGAAAAGCAGCUACAACAAUUAAUUCUCGGUAAGAAAUGCAUCGAAAAGGAGGUCAAUGGAUCAUCGUCUCCUUCAUCUGUACAUGAACAAACGCCAACGUCCAGUGACUCUCAUGCUGAAGCUGCGGCGUCAGUUGAUGACAUUGUAAAUGAUCAUGGUACGGAGAAACAAGCAGAAAAAGAUGUCAAGGAAUAG